AUGGAGACAGAGGGUGGCGAUGCUGUGGGCAGUAGUAGCCCUUCUCGUUCACCGAAAUCAGCGACAUUGUCGAAUGUAUGGAAAGGAUUCAAGGCCACCUUUGGCAGUUCCAACCACAACCAUGACAGACACGUGGAUGGUGUCGAUGGCACCAUCAAACACUUGGCUGACACCACGACGAACCACGAUAGACAACCCAGACCCAUGCUGGAUGACAGCAGCGUCAGCAGCAUCAGGAGCAGCCCCAUUCCCAACGACCACAGUCAUGCACCCACCUCGGAUGAAUCAGAGGAUGACGACGUGCGAGGAAUCAGCAACGACAAGGACGACGACGACGACGACGACGACGACGACAACGCCGACAACAAGAACGCUGAUGGUGUAAAUGGUGUUGCAGAAGACGAAGAUGAUGAUGAAGGCAAAGAAGAAGCGAGUGUAAGUACCAGCGGCAAUGGUGUCGGUGCUGCUGACAAAACAGCCACAGCUCGUCUCUCCUUGCGCUCCAGCAGCACCGGUGUCGUUGGCCGCGAGCGUAUCAGGUCACCUUUGGCCCAACAGGACGGUGUAUUAGACCACCAAGACUCUGGCAUUGCAAACGACCCACAUGCAACUGCAAGGGACAAGAACAGCAGAAGACGGGCCGCAGCAGGCUCCCGUCGCUUCAACCGCAAUCUCCACUUCCCCGGUACCCAACACGACGAGGCACCAGCAACAAGCGCAGAACCAGAUGCUGGCGCGAGGACAGCGUCGUGGUGGCGGCGGUAUUGGCAACAGGGGGCGUGGUGGGCGCGCGACAGCCUGCUGCACCUCAAGACAGCGCUGCUGAUGGCGGUGUGGACGGUAGUGCACGUGCUGCGUGCCGUGCUGGUGCGCUUUGCGUGGGUAACGACAGGCUCCCUCUCUGGCACGCGAAGCAUUGUGACGGGCGUGGUGGAGCUGUUUGCAGACGUGUGCGACGUGGCCAACCAGAUUGCCGCGCACUGGCUGACGCGUGGCCUGGGCCCGUCGCAGCGCUCAAGCCUCAAGGCCACGCUGCGAUACCAGCUCAAACAUGCGCGCACGUACGACGAGUGGAAGGACACGGCCAUCCAGCUCGACAAGCUGGUGGGGAACGUGACGUGGAAGAUGGGGUUUGAGAGCACGCUGUACGACUACAUGCUGCUGCGUGACCACCUGGACGCGUUUUACCAGGCGCGCAUGAAGGACGACCGCGCACGCAUGGCGUGGCUGCUCCGCACGACCUUACACCGCAACCUGGCCAACAUGGGCAACCCAAAGCUGUUUGAGCGGUGCUACCACGGCACGAAGGACCUGAUUGAGCAGUACGUGAGCGAGGUGGUGUACCAAAUCAACUACCUCGCGGACACAAACAUCCCUGGCCUCUCGCACGAGGACAAGCUGCAGAUGUUUGAGGCAAUGCGAAGCUCGUUUGGCCGCUCUGCGCUGCUGCUGAGUGGCGGUGGCGGCUUUGGCAUCUACCACCUCGGUGUUGUGCGUGUGUUGCAUAAGGAAGGGCUGUUGCCGCGCAUUCUGUCCGGGUCGUCGGCAGGCUCUCUGAUGGCCAGUCUCAUCUGCACGCGCACGGACGAGGAGCUGGACGAGUUCUUCGAGAAUGAGAUUCCAGACGUCAAAAACUGGAAUCUGCUGGUGCCUGACGGGGAAGACGUUGACUUUGCGUCGCUCCUUCGGCGCCUCUUCAGGACCGGGUCAAUGGCGGACGUGCGUGUGCUGGAGAAGUGCAUCUAUGACAACAUCGGUGACAUCACGUUUGAGGAGGCGUACAAGCGAACGGGCCGUGUGCUGAACAUCACCAUCAACGCCCGCGAUUCCAGCGAGUCGCCACGCCUGCUCAACCACCUCACUGCCCCGAAUGUCGUCAUCGCCAGCGCCGCGUGCGCCUCCUGCGCUCUCAUGGGCCUCUUUGACACCGUCGAGAUCAAGGCUGAGUUUGGGCAUGGGCGUCGCGUGGCGUGGAACCCGGGCGGACAAGUGUGGAGUGACGGCUCGAUGGAGACAGAUUUGCCCAUGGAACAGCUGGCUGAGCACUUUAAUGUGAACCAUUUUAUCGUCAGCCAAGUGAAUCCGCAUAUUCUCCCGUUUCUGCGCUAUCGCUCCUUCUGGAACAGUCGACUCCUGCAGCUCGUGCGCUCCGAGAUGCUGUAUCGGCUUGAACAGCUGCUCAAGCUUGGGUUCAAACCUCACUGGAUCAAGAACUUCAGCCACUUGUUAUCACAGCCCUACAGCGGUGACAUCACAGUCACCCCACGCGUCACCCUCAACGAUUAUCUCUACCUGGUGUCGAAUCCAACGCCUGAGCGGGUGCGGCACGGCGUGCUUGUGGGACAGCUGGCCACGUGGCCCAAGCUCAGCAUCCUGCAGAGCCACUGUCAGAUUGAGAUGGCACUCGACAAUGCCGUGCACCGUCUUGGUGGCGGCGAGCCCCACUGUUGA